AUGACAAGCGUCGCCCUUAGCACUGCUCUUCUCCUUCCAGGGGACUUGGAGCGAAAUGCUGAGUACAGUGAGUAUGAGAACUACGCUUUAAUGCUCCAGCACUCCGUUCAAGCCAUCCAGCAUGCCCAUUCGUUUUCAAUGCAAUCUUUUAAGAAUCGGGAAAGAAUGACUGAGAUGAAGAAGGAGUUUUCUGCCCUGCAGAAGACCAACAAAGGUCUUCAACUAAAAAUGAAGAAGCUGGAAGAGCAGGCCGAGGCUGCAACUAAGGCCCAACAGAUAGCUGAGGAAAAAGCUGAAUCAGCCGAGGCCAUAAUGAAGGUUGCUGAAGCCGAGAAGAUAGAGGCCGAGGAUAGAAAGGCCCAAGCCGAAAAGGAACUGUAG